UGUGAACCUGAAAAAGAAUUCUAUAUUAAUAAGUAGUAGUUCUUAUUAGAUUUUCUUAAAGUAUAAGUGGGAUAAGCUAUAAGAGCUAUCUCACUAAGUAAACUAUAGGGAGCAUCCCAAAAAUAAUAAAGAUUAGUAGAUUUGUUUCUUAAACUAAAGUGAGUGUGGGCGACGGACUGGUUCCAGAGACGUUAAGCGGAGCUGACAAUAGAACACGGUGUAUUAGUAAUGGAUGUAGCGGACAUAAUCGCUGGCCAAAGGCAACAUCGUGACGAGGUCGGGGUCCGAUGCCAAAAACUUUUCCAAGACUUUCUUGAUGAAUUUAAAGAAGACGGUGAACUAAAAUACCUGGAACCAGCACAAGAACUGCAAAACGAGGAGAGAAGUAUAAUCGAAAUAAGCUUUGAAGACGUAGAAAAAUACAACCAAAAUCUAGCUACCACAAUUAUAGAAGAAUACUACAGAAUCUACCCUUACCUGUGCCAAGCUGUAUCCAACUACGUGAAAGAUAGGGCAGGUCUGAAGAAAGAAAAAGAGUGCUACGUUAGCUUCACAGAGGUACCUACGAGGCACGUAGUUCGGGAGUUGAAAACUGAUAAAAUUGGAACUCUAGUGAGGAUAUCCGGACAGGUUAUUCGUACUCACCCUGUGCACCCCGAGUUGGUGUCUGGAACGUUUACUUGUUUAGAUUGUCAAACCCCUAUAAAGAAUGUCGAGCAACAAUUUAAGUAUACUAAUCCGACCAUAUGCAGAAAUCCAGUUUGUAAUAACAGACGAAGGUUCUUGUUAAACAUCGACAAGUCACAGUUUGUUGAUUUCCAGAAAGUUCGUAUACAAGAAACGCAAGCCGAAUUACCAAGGGGGUGCGUGCCUAGGAGUGUGGAAGUUAUCCUGAGGGCCGAGAAUGUAGAAACUGUACAGGCCGGAGAUCGUUACGAUUUCACUGGUACCCUUAUAGUAGUGCCCGACGUGUCAGCGCUAGCCUUACCAGGCGGCAAAACUCAAAUAGCCUCCCGUCACCAACACCCCGACGAAGCGGAAGGCGUCAGAGGCCUGAAAGCGCUAGGCGUGCGGGACUUACACUACCGCAUGGCGUUCCUCGCGUGCAGCGUCCAACCCACCAACCCCAAAUUCGGCGGCAUAGAGAUGCCUCUGGGCGAAAUCACCCCCGAGAUUAUGAAGCAGCAAAUGACGGACGGGGAGUGGAAGCACAUGUACGAGAUGUCGCACGACAGGAAUCUCUAUCAGAACAUGAUAAAUAGCUUGUUCCCGAGCAUCCACGGUAACGACGAAGUGAAAAAGGGUAUUCUCCUGAUGCUGUUCGGUGGGGUGUCGAAGACUACAGUGGAGGGUACGUCGCUGAGAGGGGAUAUUAAUUGCUGCAUCGUUGGGGAUCCAAGUACGGCGAAAAGUCAGUUUUUGAAGCAGGUGUCCGAGUUUUCGCCAAGGGCAGUGUACACCUCAGGGAAAGCGUCAUCGGCUGCCGGCUUAACCGCCGCCGUAGUGAAGGACGAGGAGACUUCCGACUCCGUCAUCGAAGCAGGUGCCCUCAUGCUAGCCGACAACGGAGUCUGCUGCAUCGACGAGUUCGACAAAAUGGACCUCCGUGACCAAGUCGCCAUCCAUGAAGCCAUGGAACAGCAAACGAUAUCCAUCGCCAAGGCAGGAGUCCGAGCAACGCUAAAUGCUAGAACCUCCAUCCUCGCUGCUGCCAACCCGAUAGGUGGUCGCUACGACCGCGCGAAAUCCUUACAACAAAACAUCCAACUCUCGGCGCCGCUCAUGUCGAGGUUCGACCUCUUCUUCAUACUCAUAGACGAGUGCAACGAGGUCAUCGACUACGCCAUCGCUAGGAAAAUCGUGGAUCUGCAUUGCAACAUAGAGGAGAGCGUCGAAAAGGUUUACACGAAGCAGGAAGUGCUCCAGUAUAUAAGCUUCGCGAAGAAGUUCAAGCCGAUAAUCAACAGGGAAGCUGGCGAUCUCCUUGUAUGCUACUACAGCAGGCUGCGGUUGCGUGACAGUACUUCGGCGGGGAAAUCCACGUGGCGCAUCACCGUUAGGCAACUGGAGAGCAUGAUUCGCCUGUCGGAAGCCAUGGCGCGCAUGGAUAUUUCAGACGAGGUGCAACCCAAGCACGUGCGGGAGGCGUAUAGAUUGCUGAACAAGUCCAUCAUUAGAGUCGAACAACCCGACAUUCAACUCGGUGACGAGCAAGACGCGGACCACAGCAUUCAGGAGGAGCAACCUGUGAACGACAUAACGCCAGAGCCAUCGCAGACGGCUCAGAAGAAGAAGAUGGUUGUAAGUUUCGAGGAGUACAAGACUAUCAGUAACAUGAUCGUGGUGCACAUGAGAAGGGAAGAAGCAAAAAAAGGAGACAAAGGCAUGCACAGGAGCGAAGUCGUAGAAUGGUACCUAAACCACAUAGCAGAUCAGAUCGAAACGGAGGAGGAGUUAAUCGAGAGAAAAGAUUUGUUCGAAAAAGUCCUAGAUCGUCUGAUAUACCACGAUCAAAUUAUUAUCCCGUUGACUAUGAUAGGAUUAAAGGGUUCAGAUCAGGAGGAGGAGGGGGACGACCCCGAGCUGGUCGUCCACCCGAAUUACAUAAUCGAGUAACUCUUUACCUGACGCUUUCGUUAGUUGUAAUUUACUUUAUAUUUGUAGUUUUCCUGUUUUUAAAUAAAUAUAUA